AUGGAAAAUACCCUUGCUUAUCAUUAUGAUCAACAUGAGGGAUUCUAUAAUCUUUGUGUAUUUAUUCUAGGUCUUGUGAAUAAUCUGGGAUAUUUCGUUAUUAAUGCAUUUGUUGGGCAGCUUGCUGCAGAUUUUGACAAAAAUUAUUUCUUUGGAGUAUACAUUAUAUUUUUAAAUGCAGUUGCAUGCAUAGCUCGAUUUUCAAAUGCAAUUUUUUUCAUGAGAAUCCAACAUGGCACAAGAAUCAUGAUUAAUUCAGUCCUCAUGAUAUUUUCUUUCAUGCUUCUAGCAAUUGCUAUGCUGUAAUAUCAAGGUGUAUAUACUAGUUUCUACUUAUGCAUAAUCGCAAGUUUGACUCAUGGCUUUGCACAAGCUUUUGGAGAAGGAGUAUUGCUUGGGUAUUUGAAAGGAUUGCCAUCUGAUCUAGUAAUGACCUUUGGUUCUGGCACAGGUAUAGCUGGAUUUUCUGAUGCUUUUACUAUGAUAUUUCUUAACGCUCUAGGUUUAUUUGUCCUUCCCUAUUACUUUAGUUUCUUAUGGAUUGAUGAUAAAAGAAAGACGUAUAUAAAGAAUGAAUUGAUGUAUCCUGAGCUUCAAGUCUCCUCACCUGUAAGGUCAGAUGGCCUAUUCGCCCAAUACUACUCUCCAUAAAAUACAAAUAAACAAAUAUUUGAAUACAAUGAAUCAGCAGCAAGAGAAUAAAAGCCAGAGUAGGAAGGACAAAAUUAUUAAUAGUAAAUAAAUGAGCGAGAUUAGGAUAUCCAAGAAGAGAUUAAAGGAAUAGUAGUUUAUAAAGCUGGAAAUGAUGAAUUGAAAUUUGAUUAACAAGAAUAGCAUGAUUAAGACUAGGAAUACAGGUAAUCAAUCCCUGAAGGAGAAUCUGAUCCAUAACAGGUUCAUAGAAUGAGAAAGUGUGAAAGCAAAAUGCUGAAAGAAUAUGAUGAUGUAUCUGAUAAUAAAAGACUAAGCUUGGUAUCUUCAAUACAAGUAUUUUAAAAAGCAGGCUCCUACAUCUACAAUAUGGGACUUGUGAACUUUUUUGAAUACUUGGUCAUUAAUCUUACAUUGACUAUUCAUGUGUACAAUAAGCAGACAAAGGCAUAAUAAAUGAAUCAAGAAAUGUCAUUCUUUGAGGAAAACGAAUAUUCUUUCUUGAUGAUUGCCUACUAUGCUGGUUCAUUCAUUUCAAGAUCAACCCUUCAUAGUGCAAUUCUGUCUAAGUCAUAUACUCCUACAAUAGCUUAAGCGAUUAACCUCACAAUUUGGAUUUACAAUCUUCAGUACUCUCUGUUUACUAGUUUUUAUCCAGUAUUUUUCUUCAUGAUUUGGUGUGGUUUCCCAGGAGGUACAGCUUACUCAAAUUUUCUUUAUCUAGCUAAUACAAGAACUAAUUUGGAAUGUGAUUUUUAACUACAUUAUACUGAGAGAGAAUUAACUGUAAAUCUUUUGAUGAUUAGUAAUGAUUUGGGUGUGUUCUUUGCAGGAGUCAUUAAUUUAGCUGUUCAAGCACUCUAUUUCCCAGAUGUUCUAGAUAAUCCUCCUAGUUGA